AUGCGAAGUGGUCGAGCUCUCGCCGCCUUUGCCCUCCUUCUGUGCUGUGAGUGGCUUCGCCUUGGGCUUGACACCGUCGAGUUGGGCUUCGCGACGGUGUCGAAAAUCAUCCGAGCUCCUCCAGUGCCACGGCGCGGCUCUUUUCAGUCGGACUACGAAGGGGUCAGUUGGCAUCCACGGUUGGCUCUGUGGCAGGUUCAUAUUGAUGAUCCGGACACAAAAGAACCUUUGAGCCUUGGCCUGUUCCAUUCCGAGCGAGAGGCAGGUCAAGUCUACGAUUGUGCCAUGAUCGUGCUGCAGGCCCAAGCGGUGAAUUUUCGGAAACGCUACAGCCAGCGCGCCCUGCUGGACGCCGAGCGCUUGAUCUUCGACGACUGGAGCGCCCGGCCCUCGCGGCGCUUUCGCGGCGUCUAUCGGACGCGGACGUCGAAGGCUUGGAGGGCGGAGAUCGAGGACGAGGACGCCGCCGCCGAGGCGGUGGAUCGGUCGCUGCGCAGCACCCAGGCGGAGAAGGCCACGCAGCUGCGCUGGCUGAACCGGUGUGAAGACGCGGAUUAUUUCGAUGAGCUUUGGGAGGACGAACGGGCGCCUUCAGGCACUUCCUCAUGCUUUUUAGGCGUGACCUACCAUCAGCCUUCAGGGCAUUUCUUGGCACGGCUUGGGAGAAGGCAUUUGGGUCUCUACGAAGAAGAAGAUGAGGCGGCACGAGCCUUCGACAAGGCCCCCAAGGCCGACCCAAUUCUUUGGAACCGAAGUGUUGAAGUGAUCGUUUUGGGACGAGCUCAGCCCACCGCCGGCUACUGCGCGGCUGAGAAGGCUGAGGACGAUGUGGUGAUCUGCUGCGCCGUGCGGACGCCCUUGUGCAAGGCCAAGCGCGGAGCCUUCAAGGACACGGCACCGGAGCUCUUGCUGGCGGCAGUCUUCAAAGAGGUCGUGGCCCGGACCAAAGUGAAUCCCAAGGACAUCGGUGACAUUCAGAUCGGCAAUGUGCUUCAGCCGGGCGCCAGUGGUUUGACCUCCCGCAUGGGCCAGUUCAUCGCCGAGCUCCCCUAUGAGAUCCCCUUGAGCACAGUGAACCGCCAGUGCAGCAGCAGCUUGCAGGCCACCGCCACCAUCGCAGCCUUCAUCAAGUCUGGUGUCAUUGAUGUGGGCCUCGCGGGCGGUGUGGAGAACAUGAGCAUGUUCCCCAUGAUGGCCACCAUCGACAUCACCAAGCUCUCCAAGGAUGUCUUGGACUACCCGGAUGCCGAGGCCUGCUUGCUGCCCAUGGGCCUCACCAGCGAGAACGUGGCGGCCGCCUACGGCAUCCCGCGCGAUCGCCAGGACGCCAUGGCCGCCGACUCGCACCUCAAGGCUUUGGAAGCCCAGAAGAACGGUUGGUUCAAGGAGGAGAUCGUCCCUGUGACCAUUGAGAGCAAGCAGAAGGACGGCAGCGUGAAGAAGGUGGUGGUGGACAAGGACGAGGGCCCACGUGCGGGCACCACGCGUGAGAGCUUGGCCAAGCUGAAGCCAGCCUUCAAGGCGGGCGGCAGCACCACCGCAGGGAACAGCAGCCAGGUGACCGAUGGCGCCGCCAUGGUGCUCUUGGCCAGGCGCUCCGCGGCCAAGAAGUUGGGUUUGCCCAUCGUGGCGCGCUUCCGCUCCUUCGCCUGCGUGGGCGUGGAUCCCAAGCUCAUGGGCAUUGGCCCUGCCUUCGCCAUUCCUCCUGCACUUGAGAAGGCUGGUUUGAAGGUCGAGGACAUCGACGCCUACGAGAUCAACGAGGCUUUCGCGUCCCAGGCGACCAUGUCCAUUGACCACUUGAAGAUCCCCAUGGAGAAGGUGAACCCCAAGGGUGGCGCCAUCGCCCUGGGCCAUCCGCUGGGCGCCACCGGUGCCCGGCAGAUCGCCACGCUGCUGCCGGAGCUGAAGCGACAGAACAAGAAGUAUGGUGUGACCUCCAUGUGCCUGGGCAGUGGCAUGGGUGCAGCCUCCGUGAUUGAGUUGGAGUGA